GCUGUAAUAACGAUCAGCUUACUACAUAAGCUUAUGACAAAUACUAAAUAUCAUUAUAUAUCUGCGAAAAGGAAUAUAUAAACAAGUUGACAAGAUUUUCUUACUUUUUGAACGAGUUUUUAAAUUUUAAAUGGAUUGGAAAUAUAGACCGUUUCACCUAACAUUAUAUGUACUACUUGCACUAGUAUUUGUACCAUCCAGUUUUGGUGGACCAACUUAUUCCAUUAGCUUAGAAUCAGCACUCAGAGCAGAGUUAUUCACUACUAAUAACUAUGAAGUUUUGCAAAGACCCGAGCAAAAAGUUGUAGUAAGAAUAAGUAUUACAAUUCUUACAAUCAACGAUUUGAACAUAAAAGACCAGGCACUGUCUAUAUCAGGAUAUCUAACAUUUACUUGGGGAGACCCUAGAUUAGAUUGGUCGGAUCCUACUAACACCACACAGGAUUAUGGGAAUGUUGACUUUUUAUUCAGUACCGAAGAAUAUGUUUGGAGACCGUCAAUCAUCAUUGAAAAUUCGAUACAGGAUAUGGGAGUAAUCAGCGACAAAUCAACACCAAUGCGUAUAACAAACCGGGGAAAAAUUGUUUGGAGCCCAUCGAGCAUUUUUGUAGUAAGCUGUGAAUCUGACACCACGUAUUAUCCAUUAGAUACACAAGACUGCAAACUAAAAGUUAGUUCGAAGGCCUACACAAUCAACGAGGUAUCUUUAACGCUGGUUUUGGAUCCUGUAAUCUUAGAUUUUUAUUCAGAAAAUGGAGAAUGGGACCUCGUGUCCGCAUCAGGAUUAGAAGUCAGGGAUACCCCAAUUGGUCAGGCCUCGUUUUCAAGUGUUGAUUUCGAUAUCAAACUUCGACGUCGUCCAAUCUUCCACAUUAUAAACACGUUGUUUCCAGUAGUUUUGAUGGCAAUUUUGAUUGCUAUGGUAUUCAAACUUCCUGUCGACUCUGGCGAGAGAAACGGAUUUGCUUUAACAGUGCUUCUCGCUUAUGCUGUAUAUCUGUCAAUCAUUUCGGAAAAUAUUCCCAGCACUUCUGUUUCAGUUUGCUACCUGUCCUUGUACCUGGCGUUUGUUUUAUUUCUUGCUGCAAUGUCAGUAGUUUUGACCAUAUUUGUGUUGCGUGCGCACUACGCGACUGGUGAAAUUCAUAAAGUGUACAAGAUUUUAUUCAAAUGUGUAUCACGUUCAAAAGUUGAUGUUGAGAUAUUAGAAAAAACAGAUGUAGGAGAAUACCAACACGAAGACAGCAAACUUACAUGGCAAAUAGUAGCUGAAGGAAUGGACACUGUGUUUUUCUUUGUUUACGUUGUUUUAAUAUCUGUUGUUACUUCUGUUCUCACUGUAGCAUACAUUAUUCAUUAUCAUAGUACUUAAGGAAGGGAUCAUUUGUGUAACUUAUCUGCAUAUACUCAACUAAGUUCUACUAUAUCGUAGUAUUUAGGGCAGUGUUCACAUGUGUAAGUUACCUGCAUUUAGGGCAGUGGUCACAUGUAUAACCUACUUGCAUUUAGGUCAGUGGUCACAUGUGUAACUUACCUGCAUUAAGGGCAGUGGUCACAUGUGUAACUUACUUGCAUUUAGGCAGUGAUCACAUGUGUAAAUUGCCUGCAUUUAGUGCAAUUGUCACAUGUGUAACUGACCUGCAUUUAAGGCAAUGUUCACAUGCGUAACUCACCUGCAUUUAGGGCAAUGGUCACAUGUGUAACUCACCUGCAUCUAGGGCAGUGGUCACAUGUGUAACUUGCCUGCAUAUACACAUCUCAGUUCUUCCAUCAUUACCGAACUGAACAAAGAAAUAACACGACGGGUGCCGUAUACGGUGCAGGAAAUGCUUACCCUUCCGGAGCACCUGAUUUCACUCCCGGUUUUUAGUGGAGUUCGUGUUGUUUCUUAUUUAUCAUUUAUAAGUAUUGAUGUAAAUGUCCUUUGGUUUUGUGAGUCUUUGUUAACUCCUUGGUUUUUAUUGUUAUUGUCUUCUAAUGUAAUAUACUAGUAGACAAAUGUCACAUAAAAUUGUGAAUAGAUGUGAUUUGAUUAUUGAAAUUUGACCUUUUUUUUUUACAAAAAACUUAAGUCAUUUGAAACGAUUUUCUUAAAAAUGUAUCGUUCAGUAAAUUAAUGGACAUAUUCCGCAUAUAUACUAAAAAGUAAAAUCACAAAAAACACAGAACUCCGAGGAAAAUUUAAUCGGAAAGUCCCUAACUAAAUGACAAAAUCAAAUUAAAAAACACAUCAAACGAAUGAACAACAACUGCCAUAUAACUGAUUUGGAACAGGCAUUUUCAAAUGUAGAAAAUGGUGGAUUGAACAUGGUUUUAUAGCGCUAAACCUCUCACUUGUAUGACAGUCGCAUCAAAUUCCGUUAUAUUUACAACGAUGCGUGAACAAAACAUACAUAAUAAGGCCGCAUUUCUUUCUAUCCAAAAUUUUGUAACGUUGUGUCGCGUUUGAUGCUGUUUUCUAAACGCUACAUGAGUAGAAACAAAUACAUCGUUUGAUAAAUCUGUAAUGACCCUGUUUGAACUUUCAAUAAAGCAUGCACAUGUUGUUGAUAUUCAGAAUUUUUUACAAACGUAGAAACAAAUACUUCGUUUAAUCAGGUUGAAGUUAGAAACAAAUGCAGCGUUUGUACAAACAAACGACAAACGACAAACUGCAGACGCAUUUUUAGCGUUUGCAUAGUUAGUCAAAGUUUAUGUAAACUUUGCAAACGUAUGUUACAUGAAACAAAUGAUCAAAAUAUGUGCGGGCUGAGCUGUUUGCGUCCGUCCUUUGUGUUAGAAAGAAAUGCACCAUAAUUCGAAUCUUUGGCUAUUACCUUUCGAGUUUUGAUGCUAAAAAUUACCAAUUGUGACCUAUUUCUUCAGCAAGACUCGAUCAUUCAAUCAAUCAUGUAACUUUUUCGUAAGCAUUACUCGUUCAUUCAUAUCUUCAUUUCCUCUUUAUAGAAAUUACAUUAAUAAUAUGUAAUUCAUAACUUUAUCAUUUUUAUUUUUUGUAGUUAAUAUAUCAAUUUAUUGUUUAUGAUGAAAUAGUUAAUGUAGGCAUAGGCAGUGGCUAUUUUGCCGGCUCCGGCAUAUAAAUGACAAUCUUAAGGAUAUACAAUACAAGAGUAAAAGAGUAUGUAUCUUGAUCUGUCGAUAUUAAAAUGUGCGAACAUUAAUAAACUAU